AUGUUUUUGACCAGAAGUGAAUAUGACCGUGGUGUUAGCACGUUUUCUCCAGAAGGGAGAUUGUUCCAAGUUGAAUAUUCUUUAGAAGCAAUUAAGCUCGGAUCAACUGCCAUUGGUAUUGCUACAAGUGAAGGUGUUGUUCUUGGUGUCGAAAAGAGAGCCACUUCUCCCUUAUUAGAAUCUGAUUCUAUUGAAAAAAUAGUUGAAAUUGAACAUCAUAUUGGUUGUGCUAUGAGUGGGUUAACUGCUGAUGCUCGUUCAAUGAUCGAACACGCAAGAGUGUCGGCGCUAACACACAACUUUUACUACGAUGAAGAUAUUGGUGUUGAAUCCUUGACACAAUCCGUUUGUGAUUUAGCAUUAAGAUUUGGUGAAGGUGCUUCUGGUGAAGAAAGACUUAUGUCUAGACCAUUUGGUGUCGCUUUGUUAAUAGCAGGUUACGAUAAAGAUGAAGGGUAUCAAUUAUUCCAUGCUGAACCAUCUGGAACAUUUUACCGUUAUAAUGCUAAAGCUAUAGGUUCCGGUUCUGAAGGUGCACAAUCUGAAUUACAAAAUGAAUGGCAUUCAUCCUUAACUCUAAAAGAAGCUGAAGUAUUAGUGCUGAAGAUUUUAAAGCAAGUGAUGGAAGAAAAAUUAGAUGAAAACAAUGCUCAAUUAAGUUGUGUAUCAAAAGAAGAAGGUUUCAAAAUAUAUUCAAAUGAAAAAACUGCAGGGAUCAUUAAGGACUUGAAAGAAAAAGAGGCACAAGAACAUACUGAAGAAAACGAUAUUGAUAUGUCUUAA